AGAAAAGAGCGCUUUUACACCCACAGGCGACCCCAGAUCUGAUGUUCAUCCUCGGGGACUAUGCCUAGCCCCUUAUUCCACCCCGAGAUUAUGGACCACGACAUGGUAGUGAGCAGCCAGCACAACGGGGUCAGCCUGCCCCGAGAGACGGACCAGGAGUCCCGGGACGAGGACCAUCAGGAGGCGCUCCGUUUCGCCCUGGACCAGCUGUCACUUAUGGCCCUGGAGAAGGUGGACUGUGGGGGCGGUGGUGGGGGGCUCGUUGACCCGCUCGACGGGAACCAGGGACCGGGCUCCGAGAAUUGCAACGGCGGUUAUGUCAACCUGCAGUUGCUGGAGCACCCAGGAGGCUCCCGGGACUCCCCGACGUCCUGCUCCCCAUCUCCAGAGUACUAUGGAUCGGGCGGGUACCACAUGGCUGGCCCGCACUCUCACUCCAUGCUCGGGGAACAAAACUCCAUUAUCUGCAAUCGCAAGAGGAGUGUCAACAUGACCGAAUGCGUACCUGUGCCCAGCUCCGAACACGUUGCUGAAAUAGUGGGAAGACAAGGUAAGAAUUUGUUAUUUCUCCCCACUGUUGUCUACCUAUGUGGUUUGGCCAUAGCUAGCUAGUUCAUAAGAUAUUCUAGCUAAUGUUAUAGAUGUUAGGGUCUAGCUUUUACCAACUACCCCUAUCAUAACCACGAAUGCAUAGGACCAUGCACCAGAUAUCCUUCCUUUGUUUGGAUGGUGAGAUGUCUCUGAAGUUUAUCAGCGUCUAGUGUUGUUGUGAGUUGUUAUUGAUGUGUACAGUGGAUGUUGUUUACUCGCGUAAUACAUGUAUAUAUAGAACGGCUAACUAGCCUUAUUUGCAUGUCCUUACAACAGUGUUGAAUCAACUACAGAUGUUAUUGGUUGUGUGUGUCUCUGUGUGUAUGGUGCAUGGGUAGGGGGAGGGGUAGAAGAGGGUCAGACAAAGCCGCAGAUUGUCGAGAGUCUGGACAUGUCUAGCAGGCUGCACCAAACAAAAGAAACCUAUCGAAUAAUUUAGCGAUAUGUACGGCAGACGUCACAAAUGUUAAACAAGAUGCCUGGUGUUUAUAUUGACGUCCACGUUCAAAGUAGAUUUGUAGUUAUUUUAUCCCACAGCCCUAAAGCAAGGCUGUGGGAUGGCCGCCGCGCAGAACAUGGGACUGGGCGGUGUUUUCGCCCCGCAUCCAGCUCAGUCGACCGCUCUCGGCCGUUUUGAAAAUAUACACACAUUUUAUCUCCGCACACGUUUAGCUCAAUAUUCACCACUAGUUAACAUGUACACAGUGCCUAUGCUUUGCGCGCCUAGCGCAGUUGUGGCUAUGUUAUGGCAUUGUUCUCUUUGUUUGAAAAUGCCAUGCUUUCUGCCUCCCAGAAUGACAUCACACACGUCGCACCCUAUUGGUGGGUGAGAGCGAACUGUCCAUAUUUAAAGGAACAUUGCAGCGGUUCUUGGUUUAGCAUUAGACAUGCUACGAGGCUAACAAGCUACAGGCCUACAUAAUGGGAAUAUACACUGCUCAAAAAAAUUAAGGGAACAGUAAAAUAACACAUCCUAGAUCUGAAUGAAUGAAAUAAUCUUAUUAAAUACUUUUUUCUUUACAUAGUUGAAUGUGCUGACAACAAAAUCACACAAAAAUUAUCAAUGGAAAUCAAAUUUAUCUGUCUGGAUUUGGAGUCACCCUCAAAAUUAAAGUGGAAAACCACACUACAGGCUGAUCCAACUUUGAUGUAAUGUCCUUAAAACAAGUCAAAAUGAGGCUCAGUAGUGUGUGUGGCCUCCACGUGCCUGUAUGACCUCCCUACAACGCCUGGGCAUGCUCCUGAUGAGGUGGCGGAUGGUCUCCUGAGGGAUCUCCUCCCAGACCUGGACUAAAGCAUCCGCCAACUCCUGAGUGGCGCAGUGGUCUAAGGCACUGCAUCGCAGUGCUAACUGUGCCACUAGAGAUCCUGGUUCGAAUCCAGGCUCUGUCGCAGCCGGCCGCGACCGGGAGACCCUUGGGGCGGCGCACAAUUGGCCCAGCGUCGUCCAGGGUAGGGGAGGGAAUGGCCGGCAGGGAUGUAGCUCAGUUGAUAGAGCAUGGUGUUUGCAACGCCAGGGUUGUGGGUUCGAUUCCCACGGGGGGCAGUAUAAAAAAUAAAAUAAUGUAUUCACUAACUGUAAGUCGCUCUGGAUAAGAGCGUCUGCUAAAUGACGUAAAUGUAACUCCUGGACAGUCUGUGGUGCAACGUGGCGUUGGUGGAUGGAGCGAGACAUGAUGUGCUCAAUUGGAUUCAGGUCUGGGGAACGGGCGGGCCAGUCCAUAGCAUCAAUGCCUUCCUCUUGCAGGAACUGCUGACACACUCCAGCCACAUGAGGUCUAGCAUUGUCUUGCAUUAGGAGGAACCCAGGGCCAACCGCACCAGCAUAUGGUCUCACAAGGGGUCUGAGGAUCUCAUCUCGGUACCUAAUGGCAGUCAGGCUACCUCUGGCGAGCACAUGGAGGGCUGUGCGGCCCCCCCAAAGAAAUGCCACCCCACACCAUGACUGACCCACCGCCAAACCGGUCAUGCUGGAGGAUGUUGCAGGCAGCAAAACGUUCUCCACGGCGUCUCUAGACUCUGUCACGUCUGUCACAUGUGCUCAGUGUGAACCUGCUUUCAUCUGUGAAGAGCACAGGGCGCCAGUGGCGAAUUUGCCAAUCUUGGUGUUCUCUGGCAAAUGCCAAACGUCCUGCACGGUGUUGGGCUUUAAGCACAACCCCCACCUGUGGACGUCGGGCCCUCAUACCACCCUCAUGGAGUCUGUUUCUGACCGUUUGAGCAGACACAUGCACAUUUGUGGCCUGCUGGAGGUCAUUUUGCAGGGCUCUGGCAGUGCUCCUCCUGCUCCUCCUUGCACAAAGGCGGAGGUAGCAGUCCUGUUGCUGGGUUGUUGCCCUCCUACGGCCUCCUCCACGUCUCCUGAUGUACUGGCCUGUCUCCUGGUAGCGCCUCCAUGCUAUGGACACUACGCUGACAGACACAGCAAACCUUCUUGCCACAGCUCGCAUUGAUGUGCCAUCCUGGAUGAGCUGCACUACCUGAGCCACUUGUGUGGGUUGUAGACUCCGUCUCAUGCUACCACUAGAGUGAAAGCACCGCCAGCAUUCAAAAGUGACCAAAACAUCAGCCAGGAAGCAUAGGAACUGAGAAGUGGUCUGUGGUCAUCACCUGCAAAACCAGUCCUUUAUUGGGGGUGUCUUGCUAAUUGCCUAUAAUUUCCACCUGUUGUCUAUUCCAUUUGCACAACAGCAUGUGACAUUUAUUGUCAAUCAGUGUUGCUUCCUAAGUGGACAGUUUGAUUUCACAGAAGUGUGAUUGACUUGGAGUUACAUUGUGUUGUUUAAGUGUUCCCUUUAUUUUUUUGAGCAGUGUAUUUUUGCCAGGCUGUUUGCCAACCAGAUCAUUAUUUUAUCCCGUUUAGUAAACAUUUGCACCUCCAACAAAUUCCUAUUAUCUGAAUCAAUCAAGUUAAAGUCACAGUAGCCAUAUAUUAUUGACAUUAUGUAUUAUACAUUUUUAGUUUAUGAAACAACCAUUACUUUACAUUUAAAUUCCCCUAUUGAAAAUAAUGAUUCAUUCUCAACUCCACCAAACACAAUUAGCCAACAUUUUUAUAUUUACCCUCUUCCAUGCCUUUCCAUAUCUCUUGGUCCCAGGCUGUAAGAUCAAGGCACUACGUGCAAAGACAAACACCUACAUAAAGACCCCGGUGAGGGGUGAGGAGCCCGUGUUCAUCGUGACAGGGCGCAGGGAGGAUGUGGAGAUGGCCAAGCGGGAGAUCGUCUCGGCGGCCGAGCACUUCUCCAUGAUCCGGGCGUCCCGCUGCAAGGCUGGGGCCGCGGGCACAGGAGCACCCGGGCCGGGGGGAGCAAUCCCCGGACCCCCACACCUGCCUGGACAGACCACCAUACAGGUACGACAACCACAGUAGGAGAUACGGUAGCCUACUGUUUUGUUUGCUCGUGGUUUAUUUAACCAGGUGAGUUUCAUUGAGAUGGUCAUCUUUAUUUUAUGACAAGGGAGACUUUGCCAGUAGCCAGCAUCACAAGCACCUGUGAAGAUAUACAAAUAUCAGUUGGCUAAAAUGCACCCUCUUUGAAUAGAGGUCAUGGUAAUAUCUAACGGCUACUUUUAUAUACUUGGUGCUCAACCGUUCAGUUCCAUUUAAUGCCAGUUGCAAUUGCUUAUGCUUGCAUUAACUGCGGAUACAUCCUUGUGUCUCUGUACUCAGCUGGUAGAGACGGCCUUGACGCCAAGGUAGUGGGUCGAUCCCCUGUGACACAUACACAAAAAAAAAAUGUUGCACAAUGACUGUCCUUUGAUAAAGGUCUGCUAAAUGGCAUUUAUUAUUUGUAUUAUUAUUAUAUAUUUUGAAUUGCUAUUAUUAUCAUAUUAUGUAUUAUUACUUGUUUUUAUGGGUAUGUAAUUUCCUCCUCCAUAGUUUUACCUGGUCAGGUCACGUGGUCUGGAAAACCCUUACUCUUAUUUCCUCCCCUGGUGCAGGUUCGGGUGCCGUACCGCGUGGUGGGGUUAGUGGUGGGGCCCAAGGGAGCGACCAUCAAGCGCAUCCAGCAGCAGACCCACACUUACAUCGUGACACCCAGCCGGGAGAAGGACCCUGUGUUCGAGGUGACGGGCAUGCCAGAGAACGUGGACCGAGCCCGGGAGGAGAUUGAGACACACAUCACCCUGCGGACCGGGGCCUUUGUGGACCUCCAGGGAGACAACGACUUCCACACCAACGGGACCGAUGUCAGCCUAGAGGGCCUGGGCUCGCUGGGCGCCGCUCUCUGGUCUCGGGCCAACAACCACCACGCUGCCCCUCCACCCCCGCCUCCCCCUCCACCACCCCCACUCCCCCUGGCCAUGCACCACUCAUCUGGGCGGAAGCUGUCCUCCUCGGCCUCCUACCACCAACACAAGGGAGGGAUGGGCUCUGAGAGCUACAGCGCCCCCAGGAGGGCCACAGAGGGAGGCAGCCCCACCAGCCCCUUCAGCACAGGCUCCAGCAGCGCCGGUGGAGGGGGGGGGUUCACCUUCGGGGGCGACUCUACCUCUGGCCUCCCCUCUGAGGAGCUGGGCUUUGAGUUCAGCGCCGCCAACAUCUGGGCCCCCUUCGUCAAUGGAGGACGAGGGAAGGCCCCAGGCUCCUCUCAGCAGCAGCCUCUCCGCCGAAACAGCUGCGGCCUGAGCGGAGGCGCCAUCACACCCCGCCUGUCCCCCACCCUGCCCCCCGACGCCGUGGUGGGACCCCUGGAUCAUCCGCUGGCCCGUCGGGCCCAGAGCGACCCUCUCAGCGCCCUCUCCUGGCUGCAGUCGGGGGGUACCGGUGCAGGGACCAUCUCUGGAGCAUCUAGCUCCAGCUCCGGAGGCUCAUCCACCGGUUACUCCUCCUGCUCAGCCUCCUCCCUGCCCGGAGGCUCUCCCACCGACUCAGAGGGUGGGGGCAGUGGAGUGGGCCUGGCCUCAGGCAUGCUGGGCCGGCUGAAGGCUGCGGCAGGCUCUGGGGCUGGAGGUCUGAUUGGCGUAGGGCCAGGGGGCGGGAGCAGGGACUGCUUUGUGUGCUUUGAGAGCGAGGUGACAGCGGCCCUGGUGCCCUGCGGCCACAACCUCUUCUGCAUGGACUGCGCCGGACAGAUCUGCCAGUCCGCUGAGCCCGAAUGCCCUGUCUGCCACAUCCCUGCCACACAGUGCAUCCGCAUCUUCUCCUAA